UGGCUCUGCCACAGAAGGGAAAAGAUCAAAGGGAAGGGGCUGGCUGUUCUGUUUCCACUCAACUUUAAAUAUUUGUGUACACGGUACGCAGAAGUCACUGUAAACAUAAUACGGUCACCCAUCUCUUUCUCCUGUAGGAAAAGUUCUGGUCAAUAUCUGUGGGAGGAAAAUGGCUAACGGGGUCCACAGCAUGAAUGGAGAUUGUUUGCAGGAAUCCAGCUACAUUGAAGAAAGCAGUGGUCUGAAUGAUGCCAUCUCCUUGAUUUUUUCCCUCAGAGAAGAAGUUGGAGCUUUAGCUAAAGUUCUGCGCAUAUUUGAGGAAAAGGAGGUAAACCUAACCCACAUUGAGUCCAGACCGUCCCGGCUGAACAAAGAUGAGUAUGAAUUUUUCAUCAACUUGGAAAACAAGAGCAUUCCUGCACUUGAAGAAAUAAUCAGAUCUCUGAGAGAAGGCAUCGGAGCCAACGUUCAUGAGCUCUCACGUGAAAAGCGGAAGGAUGCCGUACCGUGGUUCCCAAGAAGUAUUCAAGAACUGGACAGAUUUGCCAAUCAGAUUCUGAGCUAUGGAGCAGAAUUGGACGCUGACCAUCCGGGUUUCAAAGAUCCUGUUUACCGGGCCAGAAGAAAGGAGUUUGCGGACAUAGCCUACAACUACAGGCAUGGCCAGCCUAUCCCUAGGGUAACGUACACUGAGGAAGAGAAAAGAACAUGGGGAACAGUCUUCAGGGAGCUCAAGACUCUAUAUCCCUCUCAUGCUUGUUAUGAACACAACCACAUCUUCCCCCUUCUGGAGAAAUACUGCGGUUACCAAGAAGACAACAUUCCACAGUUGGAAGAUGUCUCAGUUUUCUUAAAAAGUUGCACCGGAUUUCGCCUACGUCCUGUGGCAGGUCUGCUGUCAUCACGAGAUUUUUUGGCUGGCUUGGCUUUUAGAGUAUUUCACUCUACCCAGUACAUUCGCCAUUCAUCAAGACCAAUGUACACACCAGAACCUGAUGUUUGUCACGAACUCUUAGGCCAUGUCCCUCUUUUUGCUGAUCCCAGUUUUGCUCAAUUUUCACAAGAAAUUGGAUUGGCGUCCCUGGGAGCACCGGAUGAAUACAUUGAAAAACUUGCUACGGUGUAUUGGUUUACAGUAGAGUUUGGACUGUGUAAAGAAGGCAAUGCCAUUAAAGCCUAUGGGGCUGGACUGCUGUCAUCAUUUGGAGAAUUACAGUACUGCUUAUCAGAGAAACCUACCAUUGAACCUCUCAACUUGGAAAAGACAGCAGUUCAGAAAUACCUUGUCACGGAAUUCCAGCCUAUUUAUUAUGUUGCUGAAAGUUUUAAGGAUGCAAAGCAAAAAAUAAGGAAAUAUGCCUCAACCAUCCCUCGCCCGUUCUCGGUCCGUUACAACCCUUACACUGAGAGAAUCGAAGUCCUGGAUAAUGUGAAGCAACUGAAGAAUUUAGCAGAUGCCAUCACCAAUGACAUGGGACUUCUGUGCAAUGCCCUCCAGAAGGUAAAAUGAAGAAGAUGAUCUGAGACGUUGCAGCUUGCUUCUGAGAUCUGUGUGGCAAAAGAAAUAGGUCUUGUCUAAACAAGAAAUGAUACUUAACUCCACUGAAACUAAAUCAAAUAGAUGGUAAUUACUCUAAGAUGUACUGAAGAGGGUGCCAGAAACUAGCUACUUAUUUUCAUAUGUGUUGGGAAUUUGAGGAUAUAUUGAAAUUUCAGCAAAUGGUUUUAAGUACAUAAAUGAAAUAAGCAAACUUUGCUUAGCUGUAGAUCCUAAAAUAGUGGUUUUAUUAAUAUUUGGAAAGGAGGGAGGUAAUUGGAUAACUGAAGAAUUAAUUUCCAAUUUGUUAACAGUGGCGAAAUUCAUUAUUGUCAGGAACUGGAAAACAGCGUAUAAUUUCCAAUUAAGUGAUUGGUUAAGGGAAGUUUAGGAUAUAGCUAUUAUGACAAGCUUACAUGUAAUAUAGCUGGCUAGAUUGGGAGUUUGAAUCCCCCACAGUGCCUCCUGUGAGCAGAGCCAGCCUAUGUGGCCUUGGACCUCCUGCACAGUCC